GCAUUAUCCUAUAACCCUUUACGAUUGAAAUUUUGUAGAGAAUGCAUAUUCUUGCAUAUUCGUUGAAAUUGAAGAGGUUUUGAUGGGACGAAUUUUGUAGAGAGUGGAGCUCUUGUAGCAAUUUGAUCUCCAAAAAUUGUUAUAUUUGCUUGAAGCUGUGUUUUCCCCCUUUUUUUUUCAAUGCAAUGGCUUUGUCGAUACCGUUGAGCUUCGAAUUUCAUCAUUUCAAGUUGCAUCAUGUGGAAAGUAUGCAAGUUGAAAGGUAGUUAACGAUGUUGGAGAUUUUUGAAAAUAGCAUAGUAUCAGUUGUCCAUUUUCAGCUUUGGAAAGUUAACGUGGCUCUCUCGAUUGCCAUGUUGUGCUUUCAGGGUGACGUCCACAGAGAUGGGGACUAUCAUCGAGCUGUACAUGUGUGGAUAUUUGCUGAGAGCACGCAAGAACUUCUUGUCCAACUUCGUGCUGAUUGCAAAGAUUCCUGGCCUGGCCAUUGGGACAUCUCUAGUGCAGGUCAUAUCUCUGCUGGAGAUUCAUCUCUUGUCACAGCGAGGAGGGAGCUUCAAGAAGAGCUUGGUAUUACACUUCCAAAGGAUGCGUUCGAACAACUAUAUGUUUUGCUUGAAGAAUGGGUCACAAAUGAGGGGAAAUUCAUUAACAAUGAAUACUGUGAUGUCUAUCUUGUGACAACAAUAGACCCAAUUCCACUAGAGGCCUUCACACUUCAGGAAUCUGAGGUUUCAGCAGUUAAAUAUGUACAUUAUGAGGAGUAUAGGAGCUUGCUUGCGAAGAAAGAUCCUCAAUAUGUACCCUAUGAUGUCAAUAGUCAAUAUUGCCAGCUCUUUGAAAUACUGUCAAAAAGGUACAAACAAAAUGCUGAAGCACGUGCUACGAUUCUACAAAAGCAGCUGAAUCGUUAUGCCCCCAUUUCCCUUGGUGCAGAGUAUUCAGGGCUCAGCAGUGCAGACAAGGAAGUUCUGGCAUUAGUUGUAAAAGCAGCAAGAAUAAUGGAUGACAUUUUCUUCAUUCAGGUCUGGUACAGCAAUCCAUCUUUGAGAGACUGGCUACAGCAGCAUGCUGACGAGUCUCGGUUGAACAACUUAAAACAGAUGUAUUUUGCUGUCAACAAGAGUCCAUGGUCAUGUCUCGAUGAAAAUGAGGCAUUUUUGACAAGUGCAGACUCAGCAGUGAAGCUGCUUCCUGAAGCUACGAAGCCAAUGGUUGGGUGGAAGGGAAUUGAAUAUAGGACAGCAUUCCCCGUUGUUAAACCACCGGGUGCAAGCUUUUACCCUCCAGAUAUGGACAAAAUGGAAUUUGAGUUGUGGAAAAAGAGUCUCCCAGAAGAUAAACAGAAGGAAGCGAUGGGCUUUUUCAAUGUAAUCAAAAGGCAAAGUGAGAGAAUAUUGGAUGAGUCUCUUUCAGUGGCCACCCGUGAUACUCAUGAUUUGUAUAUUGUGCCCUAUUCUCAAGAGUACAAUGCUUUACUUACUAAGGCUUCUGAUCUAUUGCACAAAGCUGGGGACUUGACCAGCUGUUCGAGUUUGAAGAAGCUAUUGCAUAGCAAGGCUGAUGCAUUCCUAUCAAAUGAGUACUAUGAUUCAGAUAUUGCCUGGAUGGAAUUGGAUUCAAAGCUGGACAUUACUAUUGGUCCAUACGAGACAUAUGAAGAUGGACUUUUCGGAUACAAGGCCACUUUUGAGGCAUUCAUUGGCAUUCGGGAUGAUGAGGCUACAAGUCAACUUAAAUUAUUUGGCGACCAUUUACAGGUUUUGGAGAGAAAUCUUCCAGUGGAUGACAUUUAUAAGUCAGAAGAUGUCAGUGCAGCUCCAAUUCGAGUGGUGCAGCUUAUUUAUAAUGCUGGGGACGUGAAGGGCCCACAAACUGUCGCGUUUAAUCUUCCAAAUGAUGAACGGAUAGUAAAUGAGAGAGGAUCCUCUAUGGUCAUGCUAAAGAAUGUUUCAGAAGCAAAGUUUAAACUUAUUCUUCUGCCUAUAUCCCAUGUAUGCAUAAUAGAGGAACAACGUAAAUAUGUGGAUUUCAACUCUUUCUUCACUCACACGGUUUGUCACGAAUGCUGCCAUGGUAUUGGACCUCAUACAAUCACACUUCCGAGUGGAAAAAAGUCGACUGUGAGAUUGGAGUUGCAAGAUGUUCACUCUGCUAUGGAAGAAGCUAAAGCUGACAUUGUUGGCCUUUGGGCCCUAAGGUUUCUUGUUAACAAGAAUUUACUACCAAAGACGCUGCUGAAGUCCAUGUACGUUUCUUUUCUUGCUGGUUGCUUCCGCUCUAUACGUUUUGGCUUAGAGGAAGCUCACGGGAAAGGACAGGCAUUGCAGUUUAAUUAUUUAUUUGAGAAGGGCGCCUUCCUUUUGCAGCCCGAUGGAGCAUUUUCUGUUGACUUUGAUAAGGUGGAAGAUGCAGUGGAGAGUUUGAGCAGAGAGAUCCUCACAAUACAGGGAAGAGGCGACAAAUGUGCUGCAGAAGCUCUUCUCUCAAAGUAUUGUGUGUUGACACAACCAUUAAAAUCCGUGCUUGAGAAACUGUCGCUGAUUGAGGUUCCUGUGGAUAUAUUGCCUCAUUUCCCUAUUGCUGAUGAAGUUUUUGGCAAAGAACUUUGAUGCUGUGAAGAAAUUAAGGUCUUGAUUUUAAUCCCAUCGAAGAAGCGAAAUAUUGCUUAAACCUAAAAAAAGAAACACAAUCAAUGGAGAUUGCAUUGCUUUAGUAUAUCUUGGUUUGGUUUUGGUCAAAUAAUUGGCACAAAAUAAAGGCUGGAUUAAAAAUGCCAUUUGAUAGUAGUCUUGUCUUAGGCAUUGUUGUAAUGUUGCACCAUUUAUAUAUGAAGGUAAUAACAUUUUCUUUGAAUUGAAGUGUAACAUAAAGAUUUUAAGCGAAAACGAGGAAAGAAGGGUUUUGUAUUGUA